CAAGGUAGUGAGCGCAGCCUUCCAUGGGAGGCUGGUGUGACCACUCAGUGCUUGGACUUGACGGCGCGAAGAGGUAACUGAAGUGGCUGUUCAGAGGUAACUUAGAGUGGCUGCGGUAUUGUAACUUUGUUUUAGUGAUUAGCCGACGGACCACUGAACCUCCAUUAGCCGUGGUGCUUAAUAACCUACACGGGUUUUGCGCUUCACAUUAAAUAUGAUACGGUGAUUGCCUUUUGAAAAUAAGGAACGAUCGCUCACGAGUGCCUCUGAAGGCUGUUGCUGCCUUAUAUUUGGAUCUUGCUUGGAAGAGCUUCAACUGGUGGAGGAAACAGAGCGAUGCCUUCCUCGAAGAGCCCAGUGGUAGGUGAACGAUACAGAAAGAGACAUGAAGACGAGGACGACACCAUCGCCUCGUGGGGGCACGACAAUCCAGCCUUCGUCGGAGUAACUGAAGAAGGCGAAGCCACAGCGAGCCCGCAGACCAGAAGCAGCACUCAUGACGCUGCUGUACACACCAUCAGCGUAUCACCUCAGACAGGCAAGGGCCACGCCCUCCCCGAGAAAGUUCUCUCGCUCAAGCAAAACACGCAGGAGCUACCCAAGGACAAGAGAUCCCAGCAGCGUGAGACACCAAAAGAAGAUAUCCACAGCUCAGAGGAGGAGGGCAAGUCUGCUGUUGCUCCGCAGGUCGUGGCUUCUGUGCUAGCAGCCUUGACCCAAGUAGCUCUGGGCACCAUCAUUGGUCUUCCUGGGGUCAUCCUGCCCCAGCUCACAGACAGACACUCCUCCGACCUCUACCUUGGCAUCAACCAAGUGGCACUCUUUGGUAAGUACCCUUAUCUUAGCACUAUCUAG